UGUUGAAUUUUUGGAACCAAAAUGCUUGCCCCCUGGUGCAAGAAUAAUAGGAGGCCGUAGGGCAGACAUGUUCAACAAUCAAUGGAUGGUGUUACUUCAAGGUGAAGCACUAAAUGGUAUCAAUUAUUGUGGCGGUUCGCUUAUCACCAAUCGUUUUGUAUUGACGGCGGCGCAUUGCCAGAGCCAUAACCCACAACGGAUAACUAAAACAGAAACUAAAAAAAAUGGGUUCUUAGACUUUAUCCGACCUAUCUGUUUGCCCUUGAACUACGAUGCUCUCAAUGGAGUUUCCCGUUUGACUGUGACAGGAUGGGGUACGACCUUCUAUAGUGAAGUCAGCUAUGUUUUGAAGUCGGCCACCGUGAAUAUAUAUGACAGAUCGUGGUGUAGAUCGCUUAUGCGACCCGUAGACGAGUCUCAAAUAUGCGUUAGACUUGGUGAUGGCAGUCCCUGCUAUGGAGACUCGGGCGGCCCACUCACUACUUCAUUUGAUUAUGGAGGCACAGACGUGACAGUUCAGAUUGGCGUAGUCAGCUAUGGAAGAUCGGGGUGCGUAACAACCUCUGUCCACACUCGUGUCUUUUCCUACAUGGACUGGAUAUUAGACAUUGUUCGCCAGCAUGACAUACACCAAGAUGAGGACUAUACAUUUAACUAA